AUGUCAAGCAAGAACAUAUAUUUAAAACCCAUGAGUGAUCUUGAGCAUGUACUUGGAUAUCGAUUCAAAAACAAAGAUAUACUCAAGCAAUCAUUGACUCAUGCUUCAGCAUUACACGAAAACCAUCCGAAGGCUUCAUAUCGUGAUCAAUCCUCACUCGCAUUUGUUGGAGACGCUGUGCUCAAGUACGCUGUCGCUCGAUAUUUACUUCUUAACGGAAGGGAUCAGGUGGUCAAAAAUUCGGCUGAGUUACAUAAGGGUACCCAGACAAUUAUUCCUAACGCGAUUUUAGCCAAAAUUGCGCACGAGAAACUUCAUCUGGAAGAGCAUAUUAUACGGGGCAACGCACAUGUAGCUCCCUCGGAAAAAAUGCAUGCGGAUUGUAUGGAAGCUAUAUUGGGUGCAAUUGCUCUUGACUGUGGAGUUGAUCAACAAAAAGUAAUUUUCGAUGUAAUCGAAAAAUUGUGCUCUGAUCGAUAUCAAACACUGCUGAAGCCAAUCGAAACUAUUAGAUUGAAAUCGGCUUGCGAUGAAGAGGAGGAAGACUAUAUCAACGUUUCUCGCUAUGUGUUUUUGCGUGACCAAGCCAGGCCACUUUCGCAAAAACUAAUAGUGACAGAUAAUUCACAUAAAAGAACCCAUUGGCAAAAGCUAGGUCAAGUUAUUUUAUGGUUAUUUGCUAUUUGUGGAUUCUUGACUAUCCUUUGGUUAAUCGCUAAUUUUAUAAUAUUUCAAUUAUCCGUCGAUGUGGAAAAUCAAGGAUGGGAAUUUUAA